AAAACAAAUGAAUCCGUCACAGAGCUAUCCAAGACUUCGGUGGCGUCGCGAAGAGGAGAGAUUUAGAUAAAGGGAGGGUCGGAGGGUUGCAUCGACUUGAUUUAUUUUUCAAUCGGAUCCAGCGAUGGAGAGGGACUUCCUUGGAAUCCUCGGGCGGGAUUCAGGCGACGGCGCCGCCGCGGGCCGCUGCGAAGCAGCUCUCCCAUCAGUGAAGUGGCCUUUCUCAAAUAUGGUAUCUACCACCCAGCAGUUCAGGUUCCCCAAGUGUCCACCAGAAGAGAAGCCUAGGAGACAUGUCUUUAAUAACCAUUCAUCUUCAAGAUUUCAUCAUUUAUCUUUGAUGGAUGCCAUUGAGGUUAAUCAGAAAACUCCCCAUGUUUUAGCAGCUCAGAAUUGUUUGGGUUUUGAUAAACAAGGCUUCAGUCAAAAUCCCCUGUAUGCAUAUCAGCCUUCUAAAGCAGAAUCCUUCUCUGCUUUGCACCACCAGUUGCACCACCGAUUGAAUGAACUCCCAACAUUUCCUGUCUUCUUGGACCAUGGCUUUCCUGACACUAACAGCAGCCCUUUCUCCAACAUCCAAUAUGCACAUAAUAACCCUAAUGUAAGAGUUGCCUAUCCGAAGCAACAAUUUCUUGGUGGUCAAAUUGGCCCCAGUAACUUUUUAGGUCAUCCUGGCAGCUUUUUCAUCAGGAAUACUUCAUGGCCCGCUAAAAUGACUGCUCAAUUAACUAUCUUUUAUGCUGGUCAUGUGAAUGUGUAUGAUGAUGUUUCAUCAGACAAGGUACAAGAGAUUAUUUCUUUGGCAAGCCAGGGAUCCAAUAUGAAUUCUAAUAUUAUGGAUCAAACAGCCCAUGCACCCAUACCAACCACAUCAAUGGGUCCAACCAAAAUGGCAGGAUCUAUUGAUUCAAGGACAAAUAAGAAGCAUGCCAUAAUCCCUACGCCGAAGAAGCAGUGUAUUUCAUCAUCAGUCACAUCACAUUCAGUGGCUAGCUCACUAGGUGGUUUUAGAAUGAAUAGCAAUGCAGCAGAUUCUAAAGCUGCUUUUCAACUAGCAGCAAACGAGCAAGGGGCUGCCACAAUUUCAUCUGCUGUUUUCUGCUUGCAAACUGCAGAAAUUAACAUUCCAAAAGCCGUUCCUCAAGCUCGGAAGGCAUCACUAACACGUUUCCUAGAAAAACGCAAGGAGAGGUUAACCAGUGCCAUGCCCUACUCUUGCUCCAAGAUAACCCCAGAGAGUGGCAAUGUAUCAAGCUUAUCUUCAUUAACUGAUAUCAAUCUUUCUGGCAACGGGAAGGAGUCAUCACUCACAGCAGAUCAAAAGUCCAGUAUUGAGAGUGAGGAGUCUCUCAGUACCAAGUAGCAUCACUUUAUGUGUACGAGAGGUGCCAACUUGGUUCCAAGGUGGUAAUGAUCUCAACUCUUGGGUUUAAAGUCUAAUUCCAUGGAAAUGGGUUUUGCUUUCAUAUAUACAUUAUCAAGUAAAUAAAUAAAUAACAUCGGUGUGUAUGAUUGUCUGGACAAUGUUUAUUUCAAAAUUACUAGUAAUGACAAGUACAAUUAUAUAUA